AUGCAAAAGGGACAAAGUUCUCAAAACUCUUGCUUGUCUUUUUCUUGCCCCACAGCAGCGAACCAGAAGGAGGCCCUAAAGGGUACAUUCUGUGUCAAGGAGGAGCCCCAGGCGGAAGAGCCCCUGAGCUCUCAGAGGGGACCAAGCUAUACCUUCUGCCAAGAAGGACCCCCAGGGUCCACCAAGCCACGAGAGGAGGGGAGCCCAAUGUUGGGCAAGAGCAGCCUACUCAGCCAGGACAUCAACGUCAAAGUGGCCUCUGAACUGCUUAUGAAGCUAUCAGAGAAUAACAAAGAAGCUUGCCACCAGAACAUCAUAGUGAAGGCGGAGCCUAUGGAAGUGGACCCACCCCUAGAACUGGCCCCUCCCUCCUCUAAUCUACUGGGCUUCAGCACUUCAGGGGGAUGUGAGAAGAAGGAACCAAUGGUUAACCUCCCAGAUCCUUUGCCCCGCCCCCAAAAUGACCUCUUCUCCCAGGACAUAUCAGUCAAAAUGGCCUCUGAGCUGCUUUUCAAACUGUCUGAAAAAGUAAGUAAAGCUAACGAAAGCAAAGACAAUGCAUCAUUCGGCAUACACAGCCCUUUCUUAGACGACCGCUUUAGACAAUCACCUUUCAGCACGCGCUCCAAGAGCUCUUCCCCAGCUGAAGCCGGAUCUUCAAGCAGGGUCGCCCAACAAGAUCCAGAGAAGGUGAGUAGUGACCCAGGAAAUGGACUCGCCCAAUGGAGACUCAACGAACAGCUCUUUCCCUGCCCUGUUUGUGGCAAAGUGUUUGGUCGCCAACAGACUCUCUCCAGACAUCUCUCUUUACACACAGAAGAAAGGAAGUAUAAGUGUCAUUUAUGUCCAUACGCGGCUAAGUGCCGAGCCAACCUCAACCAGCACCUCACCAUCCACUCGGUCAAACUGGUGAACACAGACACCGAACAGAUCGUUACCGCUGUUACCAACGAAGGCCCAGAGCUCAAAAACUGCCCCUACUACUACAGCUGCCACGUCUGCGGCUUUCAGACAGAGUUGAACGCUCAGUUUGUCAGUCACAUGUCUCUUCAUGUAGACAAAGAGCAGUGGAUGUUCUCGCUCUGCUGUAGCACCUGUGAGUAUGUGGGUGUGGACGAGGCCGAGAUGAAAGCUCACAUCAGUGCAGGGCACGCAGGUCUCAAUUCCAGAAGCCCUCUCAGUGAGACCAAGAGCACUUCCUCCUCUCUCUCAGCCCUCAGUGACUCCCUCAACAGCUCUGAAGGUGGAGAUGUUGCCCAAGGUAACGAAGAACUAAAAUGCCUUUUGGCCCCACCUUCUUCUGCGGGCAGUCAAUCAAGCUUAGGCGAGGAAAAAGCAGAGAAAGGCUUUGAAUGCGUCUUCUGCAACUUUGUGUGUAAAACUCGACCUAUGUACGAGCGGCACCUACAGAUCCACCUGAUCACGCGCAUGUUCGAGUGCAACGUCUGCCAUAAGUUCAUGAAGACACCUGAGCAGCUCCUGGAGCACAAGAAGUGCCACACCGUCCCCGCUGGAGGGCUCAAGUGCCCUCUCUGCAUCUACUCCACCAACAGGCCAGCCGCCAUGGAAGGCCACCUGAAGACGCACUACAAGAUGGAGUAUCGCUGCCGUAUCUGCCAAGCCGUGUGGGCCAAUCAGGCAGAGCUGGAAAGGCACACACGUGCUCACCGCCUGGGCAACCACUACAAGUGCGAGCAAUGCGGCUACCUCUCCAAAACAGCCAACAAGCUCAUCGAGCAUGUGCGUGUGCACACUGGUGAGCGGCCUUUCCACUGCGACCGCUGCAGCUACAGCUGCAAACGCAAGGACAAUCUCAACCUCCACAAGCGGCUCAAGCACGCUCCGAGACAGACCUUCGGUUGUGCCCAGUGCCCGUUCACCACCACUCACCCGUUCGUCUACAGCCGCCAUGUUAAAAAGCACCAAGGCGGGGAGGGGAGCGCCGAGGAAGGUGAGGCUCGGCCAGGUACGCCACACCCGGGCCUUUUGGAGCGAGGAGGGAGGAGCAGCAGUGGGAGCGGGGACAGUGGGACCACCAGUCCGCUCAUGAACCUGUCCGCCUCUCAAGCCUUGCAGUCCGUCGCCCUGUCGAUCACCAGCAAGUGGCAAGACGGCACCCCAAACACACGCUACCUCUCGGCCAAUGGCACGUUCUCCACACUGGCGGCUCGCUACUUGGAACAGUACAGGAACUGUGACCUGGCUCACCUCAUCCCCCUCACCACGCUCUUUACGGCCCGCCGCUUCACAUUCCACAGCCCCUCGCCCUCAAACUCCUCGCCGCCCUGCUCGGCAUUUUGGUUCAACUCGUCCUCUCAGUCGCCGCCCUCUCCCACGUCACUUAAACACUCCUUCCUAGCAUACCUGGGAUUGACAGAGAGAGCUAAGACCAUUUGACCAUCCUCGACCAUCUUCUUCUCCUUCCUGUAUCAUCAUAGCCACUAACUGUUCCACAGGCAGGCUAAACCGCUGCCCUAAAUAGUAGUACUGAUAGUAAUACUUCCAUUUAUCAGAGGAAAAGCUAUUCACGCUCAAGGCAUUUCGAUUUUUUUGUUCUAUCGCAAUCCAAUAGUUGCUCUUUUUUGAGAGGUCUUACAACAGUUGUUUUCCUCUACACAUUGUGAAUGACCUGGAAUCCAAUAACAGUUCUUUCUCUAUUACGAGUUUUGUAUACGUUUUGAUGGGCGAAAGGAAACAGAGAACAUAGCUCGCAAGCGCUAAGCUUUUUUUGUACAUUUUGUCAGGAAUCCGAAAGCAUGUUCGCUAUGUGUUGCAAUUGUUUUUUGAAGUCAUUUAGGGGCUCAGUAUCUACUGUGUAUGGCACGACAAAAACCAAUGAAACGGAUUGCUAUCUUUCGAGUCUUGUUUCCAAAGCAAAGCCUCAGACCACGCACUUGUUAAUUUAUCAAGCUGUACAUAGUUUUGUAGUCUUUCUUUUCUCUUCUCUCCCCCCCCCCCCCACGCCUGUUGGCGGUAACUGGUUUUGCUGAUCUGCAAAUUUUGAUCUUGCCUCGGCAACAAGCAUAAGGCCCUUUACGACACCUGCAAGGCACAGCUGAUGGCAUUACUUAAUUCAAGCCAUUUAGAGCACGCUAAUGGCAAAAGCAGUCACCCAUGAUGCAGCCCUUCGAUAUCUUCACCAUACUUUUAGUCACUACAUAUAGUGCCAUAGCUGACCGAGGUGGGCUGGUUGUAUCCGGUAGGCAUGAGAUAUAAGUGACCAGUCAAGCGCCCUGUGCAUAGCUAACGUAUAUCAUGCUCACCUGUACGUUUAACAAGAUGUAUGAGCUGACAGGUUUUUGGGAAAGACCCAAUUAUUCUGUCACAAAGGCCGAUUCAAUGGUGCUUUUUGGAGCUUUUUUGUAAUUGUGUGUGUUAAAAAAAAACUGUUCCAAAAUGACUUGAAUGAAUGUACUUUCCGUUGGUUAAUGUUAGAGUGAUACAGAGGUAGCUGGACUGUGGUAAGUGAGAUCAUGGGAAAACAAUGGUAUCUCGGUGGCCUUCUGUGUCUUAAAAGUUUUGUUCUUCUAGUUGUUUUAGUAUUAUUAUAAUUAUUAUUACUUUUAAUUUGAAAGAGCCUUUGAAAUGUAAAAUACAAAUAUAUAUAUAUAUAAAUAUAUAUCCUGUACUAACAAGCUAUUAUGAGAACCCCAUUGGAAAAUGGCUCUCAAGUGCAAUGUGGAGGCAGCCAUUAAUUUGAGAUGCUUUGGAAGCAUGGCUUUCCAUUUGUGGGCAAACAUGGUACCAUGAUUCUAUGUUCCCCUUUUGAAUCUUUUUUUUUUUUUUUUUUGCACUUAAAAUUUUGAAAUGUUUCAAACAAAAGCACUUACACCCAAUAGAAAACUUCCUUGAUGCCAAUUAUUUGACUGCCUCGUAAAACAGCCUCAAUGCUACUUCUAAGUAUUUUUUUUUUCUUUAUCGUUGUUUUGUUUUUUGUCUGCUACAUUGGUUGAAAACACAAAUUCUAAGUCUUUUUCCUGUAGGUAUUUGCCAAACAGCAGACUGCUCUGUUUUGAUCAUAUGGCAUGUGUAAUGCGGAGAGUCGAGUUCAAAGUCCACCCUGGACACCGAAGCGCCAGGCUAAAUUUUUAACAGCAGUUUUGCACAGUGCUGUAAAAAUUGCACUUUUCUGAACAAGAAUGCAAUUCUAUCCAGUGCUCUAAAAUGGAAAACAUAAUGUUGCCGAGCUCAAACUAAAUAAUUUUUGAUCCAAAUACAGUUUAAUUCAUGUUCAAAACAGAUAAACUGUAACAUCGGCGGUAACGGAUUGAUCUUUUGAUGAGCACUUUGCUUAGUUACUGGAUAGAUGGAUUUAUUUUAAGAAUUUAGAAUAUAGGAAAAUGUAAUUGGUGCUAAAAGAGUAACUUACAGUAGCAUGUAUUUGGUUUAGUAACCAAACACCAAUCAGCUGAUGCCCACAAGCUCAACAUGGCCAAAUAUUGGCUUAUUAGUAAGCCUAGUCAAUACAUUGGUCUAAAUAAACCAAUUCUGCUUAGCAUAUCAUGUGCAAAACACGUGCAAAGCUUGAACUUGAGGUCCUAAAAUAUUUUAUCCUUUAACGGUAGAUGCAUUAAGCGAAACUGCACUCCUCUUUUUGUCCAGCCAGCAGAAUCUGAUCAAUAAUUUGAAUGCUGUCCAUCAUAGACGUACAAUGCACUCCCUCCUUCAUUCAUGCAAGAAUAGCAGAUAAGGGACAAGGAUAAAAGCGUGGCCUGUUAAGAUCAAUCGUGUCAGGUACACAAAAGUUUUCGAAUGCGGCUGACCUUAGACAUUUUAAAAGGAAAAAAAAAGUAGCAGCGUUACUUUCAUAUGUCAACCUUGAACUGCAAAGAGAUCAUUCUUCUUAAGUCUGUUCUCCUCCAACUUGCCUAUUGAGAGGAUUUGGAUGGAACAUUCUGUAUUUAAGGCCAGUUUAUAAAUGAAAUGCAGGCUAGAAAUAGAGCCAUUAAAAAUGUUAGGCAGUUUCUUGGCCCCGCACAGUAUCCUUUUUUUCUAUACUUGUAUUUUUUGCUGUCAUAGUAUCAUCGUUUAUUUUGCUUCAUGUAGAUGCCCAGCAUGCAGUCUUGUGGUAUUUUGUAUUUUAAGUGGAGCUUAUUUGCUUGUUAAUAAAGCUCCUGCUCAGCCCAUUAUCUUUUAUGCUCUAGUGCCACUUGGUGGCUAGGAGUGGCCCGAGAGCCUGAGAUGAAGUGAAACUGAUCCUCAGGACCCAUUUUGACUGAAUGAAUUCAAACGGAAUGUCCAUUGGGCAACAUCCUUGUGUCCGUCUGCCUUGGAACACCAUGUAUUCAUCAUGUAGAAGAACAUGGCCGCUGCUCUUUCAUGCUCAGUUGUGUGGGCAAGAGGAGCACAACAGGGAUUCCUCUCUGUUCCAAUACCAGUAUUUAUAAAUACUUACUACAUGGAGUUCUGUUUGCCUAAUCGCAAGGAGCAGCAUCAAAACUGACUACCUUUUUAGCACUUCAAAAGAUGCAUGGAAUUGCUCUUGAUCUCUAGUUUGUAGCAUUUUUUUUUUUUUUUGGGGGGGUCCGAAAAAAAAAGACCAACUCGUUUUGAAUUUAGCUUUGCGGGUUACUCUGCACAAUCUGUUUGCUUUAUCUCUUGCUGUACUCUCCAACUCAAUAAGGCUCAAGUAUCAUUUUGUUUUCUUACUUAUCUGGCACCCAGUAAACUUAUGUGCUGUAUAAAGCUUUUUUAUUACUUCAUUCUUAAGGCUGUACAGGGUUGUUUGUGACAAUAACUGGUAAUUAGACCAUUUGUACUUUUUAUUUUGUUUUGUAUUUUGGUUUUAUUGGUUAUGCUUUCUUUGUUUAAAUUGCCAGUUGUAAAUGUAACAGGAUUUGAAAGUAAAGCUUACAUCACAUAUUACCUUAAA